GCGAAGUACACGUGCGAGACGUGCAUUACUACUGUGUUAUUUAGUUGUGUAUAUCGACCAUAUGUUUAAAAUGGCUUUGGCGUUUAGUGUUGUCAUUCACUCUUGUGUGUCGAACAUUGUGUCAGCUGUGAACGUGUGUCUGUUGGAGUCUGUCAGUUCAUUGUUUGAUUAUAAAGAAAUGAAUAAUAAACUUCUGUCAAACCGAACACACUUAUAGUGAUUUAUUCAUACGAUUAUUGAUUUCAGCGGAUGGAGCUAAUUUUUCGUGCCGUGUAGUGUCUUAUUAUUUGUCGUAUGGCAUAAAUGAUGUAAUAUUUUGUACUGAUAAUAUUUAGGUAGUUAGCCAUGGCUACAAGACGGUGUAGGAUAAAAGCAGUUGCUAAUGUGUCGGUUUCAAGGGGACGUUGUGGUGAAAAACCCCGAGAAAACGAAAAAAUAGACGAGAAAACUUCGAGUGACUCCUCAACCACGCCAGAUUAUCAUGAAGUUACCCCAAGAGAAACAAUAUUAUCCGAAAGUGCAAGCGAGUUUACCGUACUUGGAAAGCUGCACGAUGAUAGUUCAUUAAACGAAACGUUAGAAAACGCUCCAGUUUGCCACUUAGUACAAAAUUCUGAAAACGGCAGUGAGCCGACCUGUUUGGAAGGAAGUAGCAAUAGCUGUUCUAGUCCUAUGGGUGCACCAAAUGUAGUUAGCUCUAAGUUGAUACAACAGGGAUAUGUUGACAUUGUACAAAGAGGUAAUUGUGAUAGCCAAGAGGUAUCUCUGUGUAAUAGACCAGAUGAAGGUAUUACAGAUUCAGCUGGAGAACACAGUUUUAAAACUGAGGAUACUAUUGAUUCAGUAAGGCCGGAUGAGUCCUGUGUUACAGGCGCUCAGAAAAUUGACAUAACAGAAAAGAAGAUACCAUCAGCACCUUUAAGACUAUCGCGGAAACGUAUGAAACCAACAGUUUCUCUUUCCUCAGUAAACAGGAAAGUGAAAGAAAAUUCUACACUAGAAAUAACACAGCAAUGUAGUUCGUUAAACGAGACGUUAGAAAACACUUCACUUGGUCACUUAGACCAAAAUACUACAAAUGUUAGUGAGCCGACCCAUUUGGAAGCAAAUGGCAGUGAUCGUUCCACUCAUGAGGAUACCUCAAGAAUAGUUGACUGUCAUUUGGCACAACACACCGGAUAUGCUGAUGCUCAACAUUCAGAUAAUUGUGAUAGCAAUGAUGUAUCUUUUUGUAAUAGAACAGAUGAGAAAAUUGCAGCUUCAACUGAUGAACAUAGUUUUAAAAUUGAAGAGAGUAUUAAGUCUGAGGGGUCGGGGGAGUCCUGUGCCAAAAGUGUUCAUGAAACUGACACAGUGGAAAUCAAGACCUCAUCUGCACCCACAAGACUAUCACGAAAACGUAUGAAACCAACAGUUUCUCUUUCUUUAAUAAGCAAGAAAGCGAAAGAGGGCCCUACAGUAGAAAGCUCUCCAGUUUGUAACUUAGUUGAAAAUUCUGCACAUGUCAGUGAGACAACCUGUUUGGAAGCAAGUGGUGGUGGUGGUGGUGGUGGUGGUACUAAUCCUGUGGAUGCACAAAGUGUAGUUGACUGUCACUUGACACAACACACUGGAUAUGCUGACAUUCAGCAGUCUGAUAAUUGUGCUAGUGAAGAUGUGACUCUUUGUAAAAGAACAGAGGAGGGUGUUACAGCUCCAACCAGUGAACACCAUUUAAGAACUCAAGAGAGUAUAGAUUGUGCAAGGUUGGGGGAUUCCUGUGCAAGUGCUCAGAAAAUAGAUGUAACAGAAACCAAGAUAUCGUCUGCACUCUUACGACUACCACGAAAACGUAUGAAACCAACAGUUUCUCUUUCCUCAGUAAACAAGAAAGCAAAGGAGAAUCCUCCAAUAGAGAAUGCGUCAGUUCAUCACUUUGUUGAAAAUUCGGCAAAUGUGAUUGAGCUGACCAGUUCAGAAGCAAACAGUGGUGGUUUUUCUGCUCCUUUGGAUGCUCAGAGUGUAGUUGACUGCCACUUGACACAACAUCAGUCUGACAAUAGUGCUAGCAAAGAUGCAUCUCUUUGUGAAAGAACAGAUGAGGAUGUUACAACUUCAGCUGAUGAACACCAUUUAAAGACUCAAGAGAGUAUCGAUUGUGAAGGGUUGAGGGAUUCCAGUGCCGCAAGUGCUCAGAAAAUAGAUGUAAAAGAGAUCAAGGUAUCGUCUGCACCCGUAAGACUACCACGAAAACGUAUGAAACCAACAGUUUCUCUUUCCUUAGUAAACAGGAAAGCAAAAGAAGGUUUUAUACAAGAAAUAACUCAGCAGUGUAAGCCAGUAAAUGAGACAUUAGAAAACACUUCGGUUCGUCAUUUAGUCCAAAAUUCUGCAAGUGUCAGUGAGGCGACCUGUUUGGAAGCAAAUGGCAGCGAUCGUUCCACUCCUGAGGGUACGCCAAGUAGAGUUGACUGCCAUUUGGCACAACACCCUGGAUAUGCUGAUGUUCAGCAUUCAAAUAAUUGUGAUAGCAAUGAUAUAUCUUUUUGUAAUAGAACAGAUGAAAAAAUUACAGCUUCAACUGACGAACACAGUUUCAAAAGUGAAGAGAGUAUAAAUUCUGUGAGGUCAGGAGAGUCCUGUGCCACAAGUGGUCAUAAAACUGACACAGUGGAAGUUCAGACAUCAUCUGCACUCACAAGACUACCACGUAAACGUAUGAAGCCAGUAGUUUCCCUUCCCUUAGUACACAAGAAAGUGAAAGAGAAUUGUACAGCAGAAGUAAUUCAACAUUGUAGUGCCAAUAAAACUGAUGAUCAUUCUACUGCUCAGGCUCCUAAAAAGUUGCAGACCUUUGCCACAAGCUCUGACCUGCACCAAGAUGUAGAAACAGAUGGUUCUGGAAGAACUAUUCCAGCUGUUGGCUAUGAAACUGGAAGUUCUAGUGCAUCACGUGAACUUCAUAGAAAAACUGGUCCUGAAUUUCUUUCACAGACCUCUGUAGAAACCCAUGGUUUUCAGACCACUGUAUGCAACCCUGAAAGAAAAAAUAAAGUUGCACCUGAUGUUAUAUCUGUGGAUACACCUGUUGGAGAACAGUGUACUAGUGCUGUUGUUAACACACCCACUUAUGAAAGCCCUCCAGUGUGUGAUUCUCCAUCAGCAGAAAAGGACAAAGGGACUUCACCUUCAGUAAAAUGUUCUGUUAGUCAGUCGAUAAAAGAACGUAAUCAGUUGAAUUCAUUUAGGUCGAGGUUUAUCAGACCAAAGCCACUCCUUGAAUCAGCAGCAAGGCGUAACAGAACUGGUAGUAUUGGAAGUGCUAGUGAAUCAGACAGUGAAAAGAAAUCUUUGUCAUCUGCAACGACUGUAAGUCCUCCAUGGAAACCAAGAAUUAAAACAUCUAGAACUAGGUUAACCCAUGUGCAAUCCAGGAAGAAUGACAAGCUGGCUAAUGCUUCAGGUGUGAGUACUGAUGAGUCGGAGGAUGAACGUAGUUCAGUUUCUAGGGCAGCAACAAUAUCACCACCAAAGAAAAUAGCAAGAUUAGAUAGUUACAGUGGAAGUGAUACUUCACAUAGUGAAUUUUCUCAAGAGGUAUCAGAGGAAAGUUCAUCGCCCAUAAAGAAACCUUAUACUAAGCCAGAACGGGUAACCAAAAGGAAAGAAUACCUGAGACGUAUCAUAGAGAUAAAAAAAGAGAUUUCACAUAAAGUGAGUGAUGGCAAAGUGAAUAGGAGUCGUCUCACCAUGUUUGAUCUAAUUUACUACAAUCCAGUCACAAAUCCAAUGAAGUCUGUACAAGAACCAGAUGUGAGAAAUCCUGGACCUGCCCCAACAAAUGGAACUGAAAAUGAGAAUCGUCUGGCUGAAGAAUCUGUCGAUGAACCAGAAGCACUAGAAGAUGAAGAACAAAGUUCCACAGUGCCAGUGCCUCAAGUAAAAGUUGGACCAAAUGGAGAAAUUAUUCUUGAUGAGCAAAGCUUGGUUAUUGAGACAACAGAUGCCAAAAAGAAUUGGAAUGAUCUUCAGAACUCUGAAGUUAUUAUGGAUUAUGGUACUGGCACUACAACUUUCAAUGCUUACAGUAAAAAAAGAAAAAACAAGACAAAAGAUUGGAACAGGGAAGAAACAUUAAGAUUUUACCGGGCUCUUCACACUGUGGGAACAGACUUCCUUGUGAUGCAAUCACUGUUUCCCAAAUUCACUCGCAAGGAUCUAAAGGACAGAUAUAAAAAAGAAGAAAGAAUUAAUAGGGACUUAGUGGAAAAAGCUCUACGAAAUCCACUUACUUUUGAUUUGACAGAACUGCAGAAGGAAUUUGAGGUGGAACGAUUGGAGGAAGAGCAACAUAAGAAGGCAGAAAAGCCAAAAAGGAAAGGAAGUGCUCGUCGAAGUUGUUCAUUAUUUGCAGUGCUUGACUCAACAGAUACAGGAGAGGUGAGAUCUGAAGGAAAGAAUCUUGUAAAGAGGAAAAUUAAAGAGAAACCAGUCAAAAGGAAGUCUGAUAAGCCUAAAGACUCAGAAGAAACUCACCAUAAGAAAAAGAGAAAAGCUGACACUAAAAAGGCACCUCCUGAGUAUACACUUCAAAGUGAUGUUAAUAAUCCGAAGAGAAGAACAGAUGACAAAGGGACAACUUCGGAGUGCAAACCUGAUGGUGGUGAUAGUAAUCCAGUGAAUGGACAUGUUGACAGUGAGAGUAAUGUACCUGAGGCCACCUGUUUAAUGAAUCGAGUCAAACCGACGAGGUCUGGCAGAAUACCACGGCCACGGAUUUUUGAGGAUUUCAUGACUGAAGACGUGGAAGAAAUAUAUGAGGAUACUGAGAUUACUGAAAUCUGUGAUCGUACUGAGAUUACUGAAAUCUGUGAUCGUGUGACUGUGGAGGAUAUAUGCGAUUCUGAGCCUGUAGGAGAUGAUAAUCCAAGUGAUCAUGAGGAAUUGGUAGUGUCAGAGAAUGCCAUGGUUAAUGAAGAUUCAGUGGCCUCAUAUGAAAGUGAAAAUGAGCAAAACUUUGUGAUUGCUGAAGAUGCAUUGACUGUGGAGCAGAAUCAGGUGAAUUUGGGUAGUGUUUAUUCCAAUGUGAAACCUGGAACAUUAAUUGUUUUGGCUACAGAAUCACCAGACAAUCCAGGACAUCAGAUAUAUAGGGUGUUCAUGGUAUCAAAUAAUAGUCAAACGAUGCCAGUGUCUGUUGCAAAUAACCAGGCUUCACCUGCUGAUACUACUAAUUCUAUAGAAACAGGCACCUCAACACACUCAGUUGUUCCAGAGAGAAGUACAAAUGACUGCAACAAUCUACAAAUGAAUGCUGAGAGUAGCAGCUAGUCUUUAUAUAUCUAUUUGAUAUUCUGUUGAAUGUAAUGUUUUUAUGCAUUAUAGCUGUUUUUGUUGUUAUGAUAUAUUGUAUAUGUUUGUUUAUACAUAUGAUCUGAGACAGUAUUGUAAUAUUUAUGCUGAGAUAUCUGUUGAACAAUGAAAAGAAUAUAUAUACUAUUUGACUA